AUGGCUUCAAAGGCACUCGCAAUUAUCGCUGGCGUUGGCCCUGGUACUGGUGCCUCGAUCGCCAAAAAAUUUGCUAAGACAUACUCUGUUGUUGUUUUGGCCCGAAAUCCAGAUAACUUUGACCCAGUUGUCCAGGAAAUCAAUGCCAGUGGCGGCCAAGCCUUUGGCAUUAGCACUGACGUCUCCGACUCGAAAAGUGUCAAUGCUGCGUUUGACAAGAUUGCAGCUCAAUAUCCAUCCUCCAAGGUAGCUGCUGCGGUAUUCAAUCCCGGAGGCGGCUUUGUUCGAAAGCCAUUCCUUGAACUUACAGAGCAGGAUUACUCAAUCGCACUUGCAUCUCAAGCUCAAGGUGCUUUCAACUUUGCUCAACGCUCUCUCCCGCUCCUCUUGGAUUCUCGUGAAUCGUCCGAGUAUCCCCCAACUCUGAUCUUCACCGGAGCUACAGCGAGCGUUAAGGGCUCGGCUAACUUUGCUGCUUUUGCCUCGGGCAAGUUCGCUCUCCGCGCAUUGGCACAGUCGCUUGCGCGCGAAUUUGGGCCACAGGGAGUGCAUGUUUCCCACACCAUCAUUGAUGGUAUCAUUGAUAUCCCACGCACCAAGGCGUGGGCAAAUGAACAUGUGGACGGAAAGUUGAGUCCCGAUGCUAUUGCGGACUCGUAUUGGUAUCUGCACACUCAGCCACGGACGACAUUUGCCUUUGAAUUGGAUCUGCGUCCAUACGUUGAAAAGUGGUAA